GGUCAUGGUGACAAUGAAGGAACUUCUCUCUGUUCAGUUGCUUUGGGUUCUCCUUUCUUUUCACUCCACCAUGGGUGCUGAUGUACUGAGGCUGGUGGAUGGAGGCAGCCCCUGUGCUGGAAGAGUGGAGGUUAAACACCAGGAUCAGUGGGGGAUGGUGUGUGAUGCUGAUGAAACAGAGCGGCAGUAUCAUUCAGUCAUUUGUAAACAGCUGGGAUGUGGAUCUGCUGUUGCCAUGUCUGAAGCUUUAAUUUUUGGAGAACAUUCUGGGCUGACUUGGCUCACAGAAGUUAUUUGUCGUGGUAAUGAGUCAGCUCUCUGGGACUGCAAACAUGGAGGAUGGGAAUUGAAAUCUUGCCCUUAUCAUGCUGGAGUGCUCUGUUCCGGCCAUAUUAAGUCCCGGCUGAUUGGAGGGGAGAGUAUCUGUUCAGGACGUGUUGAGAUAGAACAUGGAGAAACAUGGGUUACAGUCUGUGAUGCUGACUUCGAUCUCAAAGCUGCCAGUGUUAUCUGUAGAGCUACUGAUGAGCUGAGGCUGGUGGACGGAGGCAGCCCCUGUGCUGGGAAAGUGGAGGUUAAACACAAGGAUCAGUGGGGGAUGGGCACCCAGGUUUCCGGCUGGUGA